GCCUCUCUGCCCCCUUCAGACCAGCUGGUCAGGCCGUGGGGCAAGGCAGCGAUUGCCGGCGCUGAGCGGCAGGGAGAGUCCAGUUCGUGCCGUGCGGCCGCCGCCCCCCUGGGAAACAGGCGCGCCCAAACGGGCUGGCGCCGUCCACGGACCUCGAGGAGACUCGUCGCUGAGCAGGUCGCGCCUUCGCGUUGCUGCACUGACCCGACAUGGAUAUCGGAGGCAGUAGCCGGAUUCCGUACGAUGACUACCCUGUGGUCUUCCUCCCGCCCUACGAGAAUCCUCCAGCCUGGAUCCCCCCUCAUGAGAGAAUUUACCAUUCUGAUUACAACAACGAGCUAACCCAGUUCCUGCCUCGUACCAUUGUACUGAAAAAGCCUUCGGGGGCUCAGCUGGGUUUUAACAUCCGAGGAGGAAAGGCUUCUCAGCUAGGUAUUUUCAUCUCAAAGGUGAUCCCGGAUUCUGACGCUCAUCGAGCCGGGCUGCAGGAGGGAGAUCAGGUCUUGGCUGUGAAUGAUGUGGACUUCCAAGAUAUUGAGCACAGCAAGGCUGUAGAGAUCUUGAAAACAGCCCGGGAAAUCAUCAUGAGAGUCCGUUUCUUCCCUUACAAUUACCAGAGGCAGAAGGAGAGAACCGUUCACUAGAAGUUCCUUCCCAGUUUCCACCUUCUCGUAGAGAGCUUGCCAACUUCCAACCGAUUCUUAUUUUUAAUUAUUUUUUGUAAUUCUGUGCUUUGUUAUAAAGCACACACUUUUAUUCUAUUUUAAGUCCCACUGCGGACCCAAAAAGUUUUUUGGAGGCAGAAAAGAGUUCUGUUCUGGUCCGAUGCAUUGUGGAAUCCCUACAAAGGAGGACAGAGCUAAAUUUUGAUUUUACUCUAUCUGCUUCAUGCUGUGGACCAAAAGAUAAGGGCUCUCAGACUGAUUUCAACUCAUCCCUGAUCCAGGAGGAGACAUUGAUGGCAUCUCUCUGUGGAACCGCAAUCAUUCUUUUUUGUCCCCCAGAAUUGGAAGAGGAGCAACCAUCUGUCUCAGAAGGAGCAGAUCAGCUGUUUGGCUCAAAACUCUUUUGGAUACUGGAGGCCUGUGAGGAAGGCUUGAGGCACGGUCUGCCACAAACAGCUGCCCUGUGCCCUGCUGCUCCGAAAGGGGUGAUUCCAGUUCCCUUGUUCAAACCAGAAAUACUCCUUCACCUCCACUGUUCUCCAUGCUCUCCCAAAGCAGAAGCGUGAUUUCUUUUAUGGGAGGUAAUUACAUGGUGCUUCUGUCCUUUUUAAUUAAGGUGUUAAUGGAAGGGAGGUGAAGAUACCUUCCUUACCUUAGCAAAGGAUUCACCUGGAGAACAGCUGCUUUCCUUCCUUUGGCUUUGGCUUUGGGUCCAUCCAAAUGAGGGCAGCUGGAAAGGCCACCCCUGCAGACAUGCAGCUUAAACAGCCACAGAUUCCUGAACCUGAAACUUGCAACAAAGCCAUAGAAGAGACAGUUUUUUUAAUCCUCCAAGUUCCCCUUUUGUCUGACAACUUCAAAGCUGAGUUGCCGCGGAAGCAACAACCUUCUCUUCCCUGGGUUUGAUUUAUCAGUCACGGCCCUGGUUUGGAUAAAUGUCCAUCUUUAAUAAAACAUUCCUAUCACUCUG